AUGAACUCCGUUGUCUUGUUCUGCAUCCUGGUCGCCCUCGCGACGACCCUUGUUGCGUCUGUGCGCGCCAUCGACGUCAGCGUCCUCGGCGUGCCGGGCACCUUCCAUGCCCCUUCAGGUGUCAGUUGCGGGGGCAGCGACCUCACUCGCAUUGGCGUCUGUCCAGGCCCACAACCUCGUCUCGAGUUUGGGUCGUGCUGCCAAGCGCUGCCCAACCGCCCUCUUCUCGUGCUUGGGUGCGUCCCGCGACUGGCGACCACGAGCGGGUGCGUAGUCACGACCCUUUCACCGACCGUCACUGUCGACACACCCGUCGCAACAUCGCAAGUGUCCACGACACCGGAGCGGCCAGUUUCCACCACCCCAGAAAGCACAAGUACUAAGACAACAUCAACACUGUCAAGCAGUAGUAGUACUACGGGUGUGAAGUCGGUGUUGCCAACCACGACUGCGAAAGUUCAAAGUCCGGAGGAACCUCAAGAGUCAUCUCAACGACCUCGAAUUGAGACGUUCCUUCGUCGCACGACGGUGACCCCACAAGAAAAGUCCCCCCCCCAUUCAACUUCUAACUGGACGUGGGUGGCGGUCGUGGGUGUGUCGGUGGUCCUCGCAAUCGCUGUGAUCAUCUCUGGCCUCAAGCGGCGGCGACAGCGCCGAGUGGACCAAUGUGCGGCUGCGGAGCUUCCACCAAUCCACCCCGGGGCCCAACCAUCGCCCACACACGCGUGGGUUGAAGUCCCCAACUCGUGUCGACCAGAGGGCAGAUCCUCCUCCAUUGGCCUCGGCCAACUCAAUCAGUGGGUGGACACUGUCUUUCGAGCAGUCCGCCCCCCGGCGUCCAACAUGAGACUGCCAUGGGUGGACGUUCCCGACACAGCGUCCGUGGCGGUGCUGCCGUUGCCGACGCCGCCCUCGGAGCCAGAACCACUCCAAGCCACCCCCCGCCCCUGGUACAAACGAUCAGUGUGCGCCGUAUGCGGCGUCGAAGCGUCGUGCUACGUCACGCUGUACCGAGAACCGGGACCCACGAAGGAGCUGCGGUGCUGGAUCUGCUCGAGCCUGUGGGUCUAG